UUGUAUUGGUAAAGAAUUUAUCUCUUUUCGGUUUGUGGCCAAACUUUGUUCUAAACUUGUGUAGAGGUUUCAACAGGAAGAGACCGAUGUGUUGACAGUAGCGCUAGUUACACACUCGGUGAAUCACCCAUCUCUUGCCGGAAUAUACUGUGUGUUUUGUCCUUAGAAUAUUCGCAUGUCGUCUUCAACUCCAAGCUGCUUCCUUUUAAACACAGCCAUGUCGAAAGCAAAGACCCAGCAGCCUGCUGUUAUACACAAAGUGAUAAUGGUGGGCAGCGGAGGUGUGGGCAAAUCAGCUCUUACACUUCAGUUCAUGUAUGAUGAGUUUGUGGAGGAUUAUGAGCCCACGAAAGCAGAUUCUUAUCGUAAGAAAGUGGUGUUAGAUGGAGAAGAGGUCCAAAUAGAUAUCCUGGAUACAGCAGGCCAAGAAGAUUAUGCAGCUAUUCGUGACAAUUAUUUCCGCAGCGGAGAAGGAUUCCUUUGUGUAUUUUCUAUUAAGGAACAAGAGUCUUUUCAAGCAACUCAGGAUUUCAGGGAGCAAAUUCUGCGAGUUAAAAAUGAUGAGAACAUUCCUUUCUUGUUGGUGGGCAACAUGGUUGACUUAGCAGAGCAGAGACAAGUAAGUGUGGAUGAAGCAACAAAGCGAGCUCAGGAGUGGAAGGUCAGCUAUGUGGAAACAUCUGCCAAAACAAGGGCCAAUGUAGAUAAGGUUUUCUAUGACUUAAUGAGAGAGAUCCGCUCAAGGAAGAUGGAAGCCAGCAGACAGAACAAUGGCAAGCAAAAGAAGAAAAAGGACAGUCGAAAGAAAAAGUGUGUCAUUCUAUAGAAUAAAUGUUGGUCUGGUGGCCACAGGUUUCCUCACCCAAGUCAUUUCGACCCAUGUUUUUAGAAUGCUUUUCUCUAUCUCGUUGCUUUUUUUUUCCCCCCCCCCCCUUUUUUAAAAUAGAAAUUAUAUCCCACACUUGUUUGUAAUUGUAAAGUUUCCAACACAUUAAUUUUGAUCAAUAUUGGCCUUUAGCAGUACACCUCAGACAAAUCAAAAUUUGCAUUGGUAAAUAACCCACAAUUUUGUUAGUGCUUGUGUCAUGUUUUGCAAUGCCUGUAGAAAUAUUUAUAAUUUG